AUGCUCAAACAGUGGGAUUAUUGUUGCACAGCUAUCAAGAAACAAAGACUCAGUACCAAUCUAAGCAAGCCUAAAACUAACUCGAUGCCUCCAUUUCAAUCGCAAAAGAGAAGCUAUCAGCGGGAGCCAAAUGCCAUUUUUGUGAGAGGCGCCAAGACGCCCAGGGGAGCGGAAAAUAUCAGUGCGUACUUCAGAGCGGCAGCGGGCGUGUCUAAUACCAUUGGAUUGUCCAAAUCCCACAUGCUCAAAAAUAAGCAUUUCAAGGACCUUACAAAUGUCUCUUACACACCCUUUCCUGCCAGAGACGCUCAUAUCACAAACUACCUGGGCUUGAUUGGGAAGUCGUACCGUAAGCAAGAAAAGCGGUCUGAACAGGAGCUGAUGAAAAAGUCAGAGGCACUAGUUGGAAAAUUGUCCGAGGAGGCGCCAGAGUCAGAAUCAGAUCUUGACCGUGAAAACCGGAUUCGAAAAGCGCUUCGUAAACUCGAAAAUGCUCACACCCCCAAGGUCAACACAGUUCCUGGCAGAACGGAAUUCGAUCACCUUUCAAACGCGAUCGAGUAUUUGAGCUCACAGAAAACAAUAUGCUUCUGUGUUGAUGUAGAAGCCUUUGAACGGAACACAAAUGUGGUGACUGAAAUCGGAAUUUCGAUAUACGACCCGCGGGAAAGUCAGUUUUCCACUGUACCGAUUCUACGGACUUACCAUCUGAUCGUUGCCGAGUCAUUGAAGCUGCGUAACGGCAGGUUCGUGUGCGAUUUGAAAGAUUGUUUUCUAAAGGGAGAAAGCUAUGUGAUGUCGUUAAGCAAUUGCGUCAAAUUCAUACAAACAUUGAUAAACUAUUACAUGGUUCCUGCUACUGCUGCGGAACACACCUGGAAACGUGCAUUCGUGGGCCACAAUGUUAAGGGUGAUUUAAAAUGGCUUUGCAGCAUUGGGGUCCAACUCCCCAACACCAUUGACUACAAUUUCAGUCAAUCUAAAUCUCCGCUUACUGUCAAUGUAAUAGACACAGAGCGGCUGUUCAGAAGCUCGUACGGGAGUAAAGGAUCCAGUUUGGGCAAGAUACUGCGGUUGUUCGAAGUACCGCAUGCAUUCUUGCACAACGCGGGUAACGACGCUUACUAUACCUUGAAGCUAGCUUUGCACAUGUGCGACGUACAACACCGCAAUUUGCUGGAGAUGGAUGAUCUUUAUGCUGUGGUGGAUAAGAUUGAGACGUGGGCGAAACGGGACACGAUGGAGGCCAAGAUUUUGCCGUUGUCGUACGUGAACGCGGCGAUCGAGUUUACAGACCCAAGCAUCAAGAAAAAGACGGUGCACCAGACCGAGUUUGGUGGCUGCGUGUGGGUCGAAGACCCGAUUGCGAGUUUGACGGGCCAGUUGUAG